GUAUCGUUUUGCGGUUGUUUUCCUCCCCAAAGGGAACCCCCUUGACCCUUAUCACAAUGCCUUAUCAAAAAAAACUUCUCUCUCUCUGUGUUUGCUCCAGUUGAAGGCAAGACAUUGAACAAGACAUUGGCAUUGGCAAGACUGAAGCUUCAUAUUGAAAAGCCAGAAAAUCCGACGUUUCCAUUUUUUCGUUGGUAUGUUCAUCAACGUAUAGAGUACUCAAAGUAAUAGGAUCAUGGGAUCACUAGGUAUGGCUGCUCAGGUUGAUUUUUUAAAUCAUCAUACAGCAGUGCAUUCUAGCAAGCACAAAAAUAAACAGAAGCACAACAAUAAUGCAGCUUCUCAAUCUUGUGGAUUACCUAAAAGCCGUGGUUACACAGCUGAAAUUCUAGCCUUCUUAAUAGGUUCUGGAUUUCUAUUUAUUGCUUUUGUAUUUCCUCCUGUGGAACAUCAGGGGCAUGGUUCUCAAGGAAUUGCUGUCCAGGUUGGUCUACUCCUUUGGUUUGGGAUGACAUUUGUAAUGGCUGAAAUUAUCCGACGUAUCUGCCUCUUUUCUGAAGAGGUUCAACACCUAAAUUCCCGAUACGACCGGUCAAUGUCUCGUGUUGUACUACACGUUUUUAAUUUACGAAACUCCGCCAAUUUCUUCACUGUUGUCAUUCUACUUUCUUUAUUAUUUAUCAGCUCAUCAGAUCCCAUGGUGAUGACUGAAAUUGGCUCUCAUUGGCCGACAUCAUUUGGACUUUGCGGACUUUAUCUUAUCUCCAAUUCCGUAGUUAAACUUCCAGAAAAUCUUGUUGACUGUGAGGUUUUGCUUGAUGAUCGCGUAAUGGCCAUCGGGCAUGGAUUGGCAUAUUCGUAUUAUUACGGAUUUCUCAGAAUAAUUCUACCAGCUACCGAAAAUAGUCAAAGUAUCAGAGAUCGAGCAUCACAUUUUGAGUUCGAAGAAAAAAUCCAGUUAGCAUCCAAAAAGAUGCUAAUUUUGAUUCCUGAUUCAUGUUUCUGUACUCCAAGUUUCCAGGACAUGGCGCCAUGUGGACAGAUCGAGCGAGUCAAAACGUUGGAAGACGUUAUCAUUUCUAGGGCUGGAAUGAGAGGUCGCCCUUACACAGCUACCGUCUAUUUAAUUCAACCAGAAGGGACAACAACUCCUGUCUAUGUCAUGAUGGAAAUGCCAUCUAUUCUGUAUGUUCUCCAUGAAAUGAACACGUUCGGACAGAAAAAUUCAAAACUUUCAGCUUUUGAGCGAACACAGCAGGCUCAAGCUUUUUGCCGAGUUCUAGGUAGGCUACUUGAAGAGGAUCCUAGCUGUAAGGACAUGUAUGAAAUCAUUUACUUUAAAGAUCAAAACGUGAAUUUGGCAAAAAUGAUUUACGACUAUGUGCAAAAUAUGGAGUAGGGGGUUGUUCCAUUUUCUACGCGAUAUGUCGGUUAAUUGAUUAAAUUAUGAUCAAUUCCAAAACCAUUCUGUCUGUCUCUGUGCUGUUUUGUUUUCAUUAUCGAGCUUUGUUGUUUUGGUUUUACGUACCGUUGACCAUUUAUAACUGAAUGAGACUGUAAUAAUUACAACUACAAAAUUUACCAUCCAUAAUGAUCGCAAUUGCGAAA